CGAUAAUAAUUCAAUGGUGUUAUCGACGGACUUUAUAAAAACAUUAAAAUAAUAAAUACAAGCCAAAAUAUAUUAAAAUGGCUUCAAACAACAUUGCGGAAGAGACUUUUGAAGGCGGAGAAUUUCCAUUCGACGAUGAGGACGAGCAAAUGGUGGCCGGCAGCAACUUGGGCAGGAAGCGUCUGUUCAGCAAGGAGCUGCGCUGUAUGAUGUUCGGCUUUGGCGAUGACAAGAAUCCUUAUACCGAGACUGUGGACUUGCUGGAGGAUUUGGUAAUUGAGUAUAUAGCGGAGACCACGCACCGCGCUAUGGAAAUCGGACGUACCGGGCGUGUCCAGGUUGAGGAUAUUAUAUUUCUCGUCCGUAAAGAUCAACGUAAAUAUGCCAGAGUCAAGGACUUACUCACCAUGAACGAAGAACUGAAGAAGGCUCGCAAGGCUUUCGAUGAGAUCAAAUACGUGGGUAACGAGGGAAAGCUGAAAUGACAAAAGCCCAAAAAAGCAGCUGCAAACCACAUCUAGAAUUAAGAAAAUAGUUACAUUUAAAAGUAAAUUUAAUUUUUAAUCAAAAUAA